UUACUAAGACCUAAUAUUGGACUGGGGGACAGAAAAGAUGAGAAGCUGGGAAGGAACCUGAGGCCAAUGGCUUCUGCCGUGAGGAAGAUCUUUGGGGUUAAGGAAAAGACACCCUUCGGUUUCUGUGAUGGCCCACAAAUGACUGUCUCUGAGUUUUUCUUUGGUGAAUAUCCCAGCUAUCCAAAAUACCAUACGACAUACCAACCGGUGGGGCAGAUCCACCGGGUUGCAGCUGAGGGCGAUGCAGGCCAGUUGGAAGUUCUCAUCACGCUUGGAAAGUGCAGCGUGUACGACAGGGACUACAAGAACAGGACAGCUUUGCAUUUUGCCUGUGUCUAUGGCCGGCUACCAGUGGUGAACGUUCUGGUGAAUAAUAAUUGUGAGAUUGAUGCCUUCGACAAGAACCACAUCACACCUCUGAUGAAGUCUGUCCAAUGCUGGAAACAGAAAUGUGCAGCUAUCCUGCUGGAGCAUGGUGCUGAUCCGAACAUCAGGGACAACAGUGGUAACAGCGCCUUGCACUAUGCUGUGUACAAUGGGCACGAAGAGAUGGCAGCACUCCUGCUCGACUACCAUGCUGAUAUAGAGCAAAAAACCAAAGAUGGCUUCACACCACUUUUGCUGGCACUCAGGGAAAAGAGGGUAGAGGUGGCAGAAUUUUUAGUAAAAAAAGGAGCAGAUAUACAUGUUGUAGAUAACAUGCAAAGAAAUACCUUAAUAUAUGCUAUACGAUGUGGAUCAAAAGAUAUAGCUACAUUACUCCUUCAGAAAGGCAUUGAUUUCUUCUGCAAGGAUGUCUUUGGAUGGACGGCAUUACGCUACGCUAUUGAAGGCCACUGUACUUUUAGACAGGUGCUUAUGGAUUUUGAAGAAAACAUGCAUAAUAACAAAAAAGAUAAUGAACCAGAACAAAUGGAUUCUGGAAAUGACUCAUUAGCCGGGAUUUCCAGCUGUCCUAGUCCUGGAAGCCCCUUGCCUGCCAUGAAAGAAGACGAAUACAGCUGUGAUACCAAGAGUACCUCUGAGAGUGCUCCUCUGAACUGGGCUGACAAUUCAUCUGUGGCUACAGCCAAAAUAUUUGAACAUCCGGCCAAAAGAAAAGUGGAAGCAUGGGUUGAGAAAGAUUUGUCCUUAAAGUCUGCUGCUGAAGUGAGAGAAACUGUUCCAAAUGAAGUGGUGGAAAUAAUAGAGCUGCUACCAUCCACAUCAGAACCAGAGUUAGAAUUGAUGUCAGUGGAAGAAGAUAUGUCCAAUGAAAGUGAAAAUAAUCAGCCACUGAGUAUCUUGGAGGAUCUUCCACAGAUGAAUGCUGGCCGUUUAUCUGGUGCAAGAUAUCAAAUGGGAAAAAUUAAUAUGAAUGGACAAAUGAAAGAGUCUGACGAGGAACAUGCUCAAUUGAUGACUCCUGUUGAAAUGAAUGACACUGUUUUCAGAGAAGCAUGGACAACGAAGACUGCAUCAGCCUUCAAACCAGUAGAGCCUGACUUAGAAGCGACACCAGAGGAAGAUCACAAUAGAUUUGAUGACAGGAGAAAUAUCCAGUCAUUGUGAGAAGAGCUAAACAAUACUCAGCAAAUACUUUUAAAUCACUAUAUGUGGAUUAUAUGAAAAAAAUAACAGUUGACACAGAAUUGAAGGAGUUUGUUGUUAGGAUGGGGCUGUGGGUGGUGGUGCAGUUUUAAAUUUAGAGAAGAUUUUUUUGGAGUGAGAAGUAACUUCUAAUGAAAGGAUGGAGACAUACCAACCAAGUGAAAUCCACAAGAUGAGCACCUGGGCAGGA